AUGAAUGUGGGGGAGGUUGUGGGUGUGUGUAGCCAUGUGUUUGUGGAAACUCCAGGUAAAGGAGCUCGAGGCUUUGGGCGGGGAGCCCUGCUCCGCAUGAACAUCUGGCCGGCUGUCCCGGGGGCCUGCAAACAGUUCAAGCUCUGUGAGCAUUGUGUGGAGGGGCAUAAAGCACACAACCUCUCUGGCUGCGUGUGGGAGCAGUGUCAGCCAGAGGAGCCAGGACACUGUGUGGCCCGAGCUGAGGUGGUCAAGGAAGGUUGCUCUGUCUACAACCGCUCAGAGUCGUGUCCAGCUGCCCACCACCACCCCACCUAUGAACCAAAGACAGUCACAACAGGGCUAGGAUCCUGGUCCACAGUGGCCUGCUAUGACCUGCACCCUGCAGGGAGCCCCCCAGUCCCUGAAGCCCACGGCCCUGGCUUCGAUGGGGCCAGCUUCAUUGGGGGCGUCGUGCUCGUGCUGAGCCUGCAGGCAGCGGCCUUCUUCGUCUUGCGCUUCCUCAAGGCCAAGGACAGCACCUACCAGACACUGUGA